GCCCCUCCCCUCGGCGCGCCGGCCCUGCCGAGCCGGCCGGCCGGCCUGGCUCCCCUCCCCGGCCCCGACGGGCGGGUGGGCUGCCCUGAGGAGGCGGGGAGGGGAGGGCUGGGCCGGCCGGCGGGCAAACGAAGAUGCCGAACUUCUGCGCGGCCCCCAACUGCACGCGGAAGAGCACGCAGUCGGAUCUGGCCUUCUUCAGAUUCCCGCGGGAUCCGGCCAGGUGCCAGAAGUGGGUAGAAAACUGUAGGAGAGCAGACUUAGAAGAUAAAACACCUGAUCAACUAAAUAAACAUUAUCGAUUAUGUGCCAAACACUUUGAGACGUCUAUGAUCUGUAGGACUAGUCCUUAUAGGACAGUUCUUCGAGAUAAUGCAAUACCAACAAUAUUUGAUCUUACCAGCCAUUUGAAUAAUCCACAUAGUAGACACAGAAAACGAAUAAAAGAAUUGAGUGAAGAUGAAAUCAGGACACUGAAACAGAAAAAAAUUGAUGAAACUUCUGAACAGGAGCAAAAACAUAAAGAAAUAAACAACAGCAAUGCUCAGAACCCGGGUGCAGAAGAAGGGGGUGAGGAACAGGAUGAAGAUAUUUUACCUUUAACCCUUGAGGAGAAGGAAAACAAAGAAUACUUAAAAUCUCUAUUUGAAAUUUUGAUUCUUAUGGGAAAACAAAACAUCCCUCUGGACGGACAUGAAGCCGAUGACAUCCCAGAAGGUCUCUUUACUCCUGACAACUUUCAGGCGCUGCUGGAGUGCCGGAUAAAUGCUGGCGAAGAGGUUCUGAGGAAGCGCUUUGAGACAACAGCCGUCAACACGUUGUUCUGCUCGAAAACGCAGCAGAAGCAGAUGCUGGAGAUCUGUGAGAGCUGCGUCCGGGAAGAAACGCUCAGGGAGGUGAGGGACUCUCACUUCUUCUCCAUCAUCACGGACGACGUGGUGGACAUAGCAGGGGAGGAGCACCUGCCCGUGUUGGUGCGGUUUGUCGAUGAGGCCCACAACCUGAGAGAGGAGUUUGUGGGCUUCCUGCCUUACGAAGCCGACGCAGAGAUUCUGGCCGUGAAGUUUCACACUACGAUCACCGAGAAGUGGGGCUUAAACAUGGAGUACUGCCGCGGCCAGGCUUACAUUGUGUCCAGCGGCUUUUCUUCCAAGAUGAAGGUCGUCGCUUCUAGACUUUUAGAGAAAUAUCCCCAAGCCAUCUACACUCUCUGCUCUUCCUGUGCCUUAAACACGUGGUUGGCGAAAUCAGUGCCUGUUAUGGGAGUGUCGGUCGCAUUGGGAACAAUUGAGGAAGUUUGUUCUUUUUUCCAUCGGUCACCACAACUGCUGUUAGAGCUUGACAGUGUAAUUUCUGUCCUCUUUCAGAACAAUGAAGAAAGGGGCAAAGAGCUGAAGGAAAUUUGCCACUCUCAGUGGACAGGCAGGCACGAUGCUUUCGAAAUCUUGGUGGACCUCCUACAAGCACUUGUUUUAUGUUUAGACGGGAUAAACAGUGACACAAAUAUCCGAUGGAAUAACUGUAUAGCUGGCCGAGCAUUUGUGCUCUGCAGUGCAGUAACAGAUUUUGAUUUCAUUGUUACCAUUGUUGUUCUUAAAAAUGUUCUCUCUUUUACAAGGGCUUUUGGGAAAAAUCUUCAGGGGCAAACCUCUGACGUCUUCUUUGCAGCCAGUAGCUUGACUGCAGUGCUACAUUCACUGAAUGAAGUGAUGGAAAAUAUUGAAGUGUAUCAUGAAUUUUGGUUUGAGGAAGCUACCAAUUUGGCAACCAAACUUGAUAUUCAGAUGAAACUCCCAGGGAAAUUUCGCAGAGCUCAGCACAGUAACCUGGACUCUCAGCUAACCUCUGAGAGUUACUAUAAAGAAACUCUAAGUGUUCCAACGGUGGAACACAUUAUUCAGGAACUGAAAGAUAUAUUUUCAGAACAGCACCUCAAAGCUCUUAAAUGCUUAUCUCUGGUACCCUCUGUCAUGGGACAGCUCAAAUUCAAUACUUCGGAGGAACACCAUGCCGACAUGUACAGGAGUGACUUACCUAAUCCUGACACGCUCUCUGCUGAGCUGCAUUGUUGGAGGAUCAAGUGGAAACACCGAGGGAAAGACAUAGAACUUCCUUCCACUAUUUAUGAGGCCCUCCAUCUGCCGGACAUCAAGUUUUUUCCUAAUGUUUAUGCGUUGCUGAAGGUCCUGUGUAUUCUUCCUGUGAUGAAGGUUGAGAAUGAACGCUAUGAAAACGGGCGGAGGCGUCUCAAAGCAUACCUGAGGAACACUUUGACAGACCAAAGGUCAAGCAACCUGGCUUUGCUUAACAUAAAUUUUGAUAUAAAGCAUGAUUUGGAUUUAAUGGUAGAUACAUAUAUCAAACUCUAUACAAGUAAGUCAGAGCUGCCUACAGAUAAUGCAGAAACCAUUGAAAAUACCUAAGAGACUUUUAAAAUAGGCCUUCUCUUAUAUUUGAUAUUUGAAAAAAAUCUGUGAAGAAAUUCGAAAAUGUCUUUCAGGAGAUCUGUAAGGGGUACGCAGGCCACUUAAUCACUGAAUAGCUUGGCCUAUAGGGCUCUCCUUGAGUACACGGGUCAUUGAUAAUCCGCCUGGUUCAGUGGCCCCUCUUUGAACUCUCACGCUUCGGAGACCUACCUGUUCUUCCAGACGGGAGCAUGGGAAGUACCGUGGUGCCCUUCCGUGUGAUCUCUGCUCACGGCACUUUGGAAUUAUUUCGGUGAAGUCCUAACAUUUAUCACUGUGGAUCCAACUAUCGGGUAUUGAGUUACCAGUCCUUUGAAGAAAUAAAUUGUGAGGAGGUGUGAGAGGAAAGAAUACACUUUAUAAAAUGUUGCAGUGAAGCUCAUGACUGACCUUUGAAAAGGGGGUGUUGUAAGUUCACUGUUAAAAAUCUGGAGGGGACAGUUAAGGGGAUUCCCAAACAGUAGGAGAAGCAGGCGCGCUCACCAAACAGGGAUCUCACUGUAGCUUUUAAUCUUUAUCAAAUGAACUGAAAGGAACACUUGUUACCAUUAAAGUUGAGUGGAAGGCGUU